UUUGACCUCCCUGUGGAGUUGCUGUCUCAGUGAUGUGCAGUGACCUGCUCUGAGGGGCACAGGAGCUCAGUGUGUCCCCGUCCAGGCCCUAAGAAGAGAUGAUGGAACCCCUGAAUCACUGGGUGGUGGGUCCCCUGGGCUGGGUUGGCCUGUUUGGUCAGGGAGGCAGUGGCCCUGCAGAUGGGACAAACACAAAUUUUGGAGCCUCAACCUGGACCCCAUCCUAGCUCUGCUGCAGAGCGGCCUCCAGCAGGCCCAUCACGGGGACAGGGUCUCACUGGGCUAGUUCUGUAAAGAGGGGUCUGAAGUGCAUGAAAGGCAGGAUACUCCAGACUUGGGGCUGUCAUCACAGUUGUCUCUAAUCUGUUAAACUUUUUAUGUUUAUACAAAGCAACACCUUCAGAAAAACUGUAAGACUAUGGCAGGGAACCCAGCUACACCCAUCACUUAGAUUUUGCCAUUGUUAACAUUGGCCACAUUUGCUCCCUCUCUGUAUGUCCUAUAAAGAUAGUCACGGGACUCUUGUGAUUCUUUAAUUGCUGAAUAUUAAGGAGUCAGUUGCAGGUGGGGUGCCCCUGUGCCCCAUUCUUCAGGUCUUUCUCAGGUCACAACCAGAGCAGUUAUCUACCCCAGGACAUUUGUUUAACAUUGAUACAAUGCUAUUAUCUAACCUAUGCAUCUCAGUGAAAUUUUGCUGAUGGUUUUAGUAGUUACAGCAGCUUUAUUUUUUCUCUUCUUUCAGUUCAGGAUCAUAAUAAUGUCUUUAAAAGGGGUUGGAGGUAUGCUUUCAUCACUAGUUUAAAACAACUGGAUACUCCAUAGGAGCUUUCCAUAUCUUUUAAUCCUCAGCAUUCAUUAAGAAAUACAUUUUACAACAGGAUGUAAUGUGUGUUCAGACACAUGCACACAUGAAACUCAAACCCUGGGCCUGAAGUUUCACAGAUAAUCCUCAUACUUGCCAUCUGCUGGGUUCUGUCUGUUCUGUCCAGUUUUAUAAAACACAGCCCUGACCCUUUUACGUUGAUUUCGUCAUCCACUGUAGGCUCCGUUUUGGAAUGUGAAAACCGUGGUUUCCUGGGUGGUAAUCUGUCCAGGGGAAGGUUUAGCUCUCACUGGUCCAGGGAUGGGAUUUGGUUGAUCUGAGGUUGCCAGGACUAAGAGAAAAGUCUGUCUGUGGCUUAAAGACCCUUGGCCUGCUGCUGCCAGUGGCUGGACCUGAUUCCUUCCUUGUCGUUGAACCCACUAGCCUAGGGUCAUCUGUCACAAGCAGCCCCGGCCCCAUGGCAACCUGUCCUUUGUGCUGCGACAUUGGGCAGGUGUGUCCCUAUGGCUCAAGAUGCCUCCUCCACUAGCUGCCCCAUGGGCAUGGAGAUGACCCAGUCCAGCUCAGUCUGCAGACUGGUCAUCAUAACGAUUGCAGACAUUAGUAACAACAGUCACUAUUGAACAGCAUACACAGCACUGAGGGGGUUAAGGUGUUAGCUCAUGUGUCCCUCCUUGGCCACAUAAAGGGAAUGCUCUUAUUCUUGUACAGGAGGUAGAUAAAUGUAUCAAGUGCUUCUAUGCACUGGCACGGCUAAGCACGUUACAGACUUGUGUGCAGACUCCACAGAAGCCCUCUGGGGUAGGCACUGAUUAUUCCCAUUGUACACAUUGGAAAACUGAGGCUCAGAGAGGUAAAUUGACUCCUCCCAAGGUGGCACAACUAGGAGGGAUUGAACCUGGUUGACCUGACUGUGGUGCCCACAUCCUCCCCACCCUCCAGGCUGGGAGCAGACUCUGGGUCCAACCCCUUCCUCCUCCCCAAGGCCUUCCUACUGGUUAAUGAAUAGCCAAGGGCAUCUGGGAAGUGAGAUUCCUGCUGCCGUGAAGCUGGGAUGUGCCUGGGCUGAAAGCUUCGGAGGCAAUAAACAGAGACUUGUUGAUCUGUCAGCAGUUGGGAACCCAUUUCACAGGAGAGGCAGCCCCAGCUGAGAGAAAGCGAGGAGAUGGCCACCAAAGAGAAGCUGCAGUGUCUGAAAGACUUCCACAAGGACAUCCUGAAGCCAUCGCCAGGGAAGAGCCCGGGCACACGGCCUGAAGACGAGGCUGAGGGGAAACCCCCCCAGAGGGAGAAGUGGUCCAACAAGAUCGACUUUGUGCUCUCUGUGGCUGGCGGCUUCGUGGGCUUGGGCAAUGUCUGGCGUUUCCCGUACCUCUGCUACAAAAAUGGCGGAGGUGCAUUUCUCAUACCAUAUUUUAUUUUCCUGUUUGGGAGCGGCCUGCCUGUGUUUUUCCUGGAGAUAAUCAUAGGCCAGUACACCUCUGAAGGGGGCAUUACCUGCUGGGAAAAAAUCUGCCCCCUAUUCGCUGGCAUCGGCUAUGCUUCCAUCGUGAUUGUGUCCCUCCUGAAUGUCUACUACAUCGUCAUCCUAGCCUGGGCCAUGUACUACCUGUUCCAGUCAUUCCAGGAGACCCUGCCCUGGGCACACUGCAACCACAGCUGGAACACGCCCCAGUGCAUGGAGGACACCAUGCGUAAGAACAAGAGCCUGUGGAUAACCCUCAACACCAGCAACCUCACCUCGCCUGUCAUCGAGUACUGGGAGCGCAAAGUCCUGAGCUUGUCCCCUGGAAUCGACCACCCGGGUGCUCUGAAAUGGGAGCUUGCUCUCUGCCUUCUUUUCAUCUGGCUGAUCUGUUUCUUCUGCAUCUGGAAGGGCAUCAGGUCCACGGGGAAGGUUGUCUACUUCACAGCCACUUUCCCGUUCGCCAUGCUCCUGGUGCUACUGAUCCGUGGGCUGACGCUGCCCGGUGCAGGGGAAGGCAUCAAGUUCUAUCUGUACCCUGACAUCAGCCGCCUCGAGGACCCACAGGUGUGGAUCGACGCGGGGACCCAGAUAUUCUUCUCCUAUGCUAUCUGCCUGGGGGCCAUGACCUCGCUGGGGAGCUACAACAAGUACAAGUACAACUCGUACAGGGACUGUUUGCUGCUGGGAUGCCUGAACAGUGGUACCAGUUUUGUGUCUGGCUUCGCAAUUUUUUCCAUCCUGGGCUUCAUGGCACAAGAGCAAGGGGUGGACAUUGCUGAUGUGGCUGAGUCAGGUCCUGGCUUGGCCUUCAUUGCCUACCCAAAAGCUGUGACAAUGAUGCCGCUGCCCACGUUUUGGUCCAUUCUUUUUUUUAUUAUGCUUCUCUUGCUUGGACUGGAUAGCCAGUUUGUUGAAGUCGAAGGACAGAUCACGUCCUUGGUUGAUCUUUACCCAUCCUUCCUAAGGAAGGGUUAUCAUCGGGAAAUCUUCAUCGCCAUCAUAUGUAGCAUCAGUUACCUGCUGGGGCUGUCGAUGGUGACGGAGGGUGGCAUGUAUGUGUUUCAACUCUUUGACUACUAUGCAGCUAGCGGUGUAUGCCUUUUGUGGGUUGCAUUCUUUGAAUGUUUUGUUGUUGCCUGGAUAUAUGGCGGUGAUAACCUUUAUGAUGGUAUUGAGGACAUGAUCGGCUAUCGACCUGGGCCCUGGAUGAAGUACAGCUGGGCUGUGAUCACUCCAGUUCUCUGUGUUGGAUGUUUCAUCUUCUCACUUGUCAAGUAUGUACCCCUGACCUACAACAAAACCUACGUGUACCCUAACUGGGCCAUCGGGCUAGGCUGGGUUCUGGCCCUCUCCUCCAUGCUGUGUAUCCCCUUGGUCAUCGUCAUCCGCCUCUGCCAGACGGAGGGGCCAUUCCUCGUGCGAGUCAGGUACCUGAUAACCCCGAGGGAACCCAACCGCUGGGCUGUAGAGCAGGAGGGGGCCACACCCUACAACUCUCACACAACGGUCAUGAACGGCGCUCUCAUGAAACCGACCCACAUCGUCGUCGAGACCAUGAUGUGAUCUCUCUUGGGUCGCCGGGGCCAGCGCUUUCCUGCUGUUUACUAACAUUAGAUUCUCAUAGGACCAGGUUUACAGAGCUUUAUAUUUGCACUAGGAUUUUUUUUUUUUGUAAUUGUCACAGAAAAUUUGUUAUUGUGUGUAUGCGUGUAUGUGUGUGUACUGUGCGUGUGUGUAUUUUGCUUUGAUUUGGGGAUAUUUUGUACAAAAAGAAAAUCCGCGGACAGAUGUCCGAGGCGAGGCAGAGCUUUCAUACUGAAUUAGAUGUAUUUUAUGGGAACUUGGUAAACUUUUACUUUGUAUUUUUUUUACGUAUAACUAUAUAUACACUUAGAGAUUGUCAUAUACUUUUACCACUUGAAUUGAUCUUCUUGCCAGCAAUAGAUUUCAUUUUCAAAAGCAAUCCUUCGGUGCUUGUGUAGCUGGCAGAAAGUUCUGCCCAGAAAAUGCAGGAUGGAAUUUUCCUGGGAGAUCCGACCAGUCUUAAAGGUGUAGUACCUUCCAAAGCCUGGUUCAGGUGGAAGGAAGCAGCAGGAUAGAGGGAGCUGGUCCCAUGACCUGGCAGACCCAGAGGGUCAGGAGAAAGGAAGGCUGUGAGGGGAUGCCUCAUUAAACUUUUCUUAGCCAAGAAGAGAGAUGCCAAAAUAAUGAACCAACCCCUCAAAUAAAAGGGACUGAUUAAAGUCAAAAGGCGAGGCCGCACUGCAGAAGUCUGAUUCUAAGAGCAGUAGAAACUGUUGUACUGGAAGCAAGACCCCAUUUAUGAUUUUGAAGUUGAGGGUGGAUAGUCAGUAGGAUUGUCAGAACUAUUGGUCCUAGAGGAGGCAGCUAGAGAUCCAAGAAGGCAGGUGGGAAUGAGGCUCGCUACUCCACCUGCCAGGAGGUGGACAGGGCACGGGAGGACACAGUCCUUCCCAGGGCAUUCCAGGCAGGAGGGACCUGAAGCCAGACCAGCAGGAGCUGAGGGGGUCUCAGGGCAAGAUGUGUCUGUUGCAUUUGAAAGGAGUUGAAUUGGGUUCUGGUCAUUCCCCAGGCAACGUGUCUGAGCAUCUCCUGAAGCCGCCUGCAGGAGUGAAGCUAGUGUAGCUGCUGAGGGAGGCAGGGUGAGGUGGGGAGGCGAGGGGACCAAAGGAUGUGGGCCCGAGCGUGCAGGCGGGCCCAGUGUUGGGGAGGGAUGCUUUUCUGUCCUCAUUUUUCUACCCUUAGCUCUGUCCUUGUCUCCCAGAGGCUGGGGGACUCCUGAAGAGCUCUUAAGGAUGCCACUGGCACCUGGCAGGGAAGGUGUGAGCAGCUUCCUUGCUUUGAGGCUGGAUCUUCCAUUUGGGGAAAUGCUCCCAAAAUUCUCAGAAUUUGCUCAGACACAAGGGCAGCCCAUGGUGCUGAUGACCUAGAAUAUAAUAAAGGUCUUUAUUUCAAACCCUUGUAAUAGUUGAUGUCAGAUGGUUACCACAUGGGAACCGAGGAGUGAUGGCAAAGGAGAGUUUUCUAGAAGGUUGGGAGUAUCAGGGGGCUGGCACCCCACAGCUGGCUUGACCAAGAGCCUCAAGUGGAGCAGAAAUCCUCCGUGAACCAGCAGAGAAGGUAUUACACCUUUAAAAUCCCGUGUGCAGACAAACCCCCACCCUAGCCCCAUUUGGACCUAAACUGUGCCAUUGGAACAGACACUUCCAAGUUCAGAGUCUAAACUAAACCGAAAAAUUAUCACGCACAAAGGCGGUGACUGCCUCAAGGGGUGUGGAGAGUUGAGUUCGGCUUAGGUUUUCAGAACAGGGGCCCUCAGAAUCCUGGAAGCCCCCUGAUCCCCCGGAUUUGGGAAGGGGAGGAACUAUCAGUGCCUCCCUCCCAAGGGGCAAUUCUGAACCUUGUCUUUGGCAAGCGUACACAUUUCACUGUUUCCAAAGCUCUCUACUCUGCCAAACAACACCCAAUCCUAUUCCAAACUGUCAACGAUUCUAACGUGUUCCUACUUUUCUGUGUGUUUAUGGUUGCUGUUGUGUCCGAUUUGAUUUUAUUGUUUUUUUUUCCCCCUAAUUUUAUCGAGUAGCAUUGUGACCUGUUUUUCUUUGUCUUAUGUGAUUUUAGUAAACUAACCACUGUUGGUGACAGGACAGGUGAUGUGGGGAGGAAGGGGCUUGGCCAGCAGUGGCUGCCUGGCAUCCUCCCUCCUGGAACCGGUACCGGGUGAAAGGCUACAGUAUUUGGACAACAUUCUGGAAAUGGCCUAAUGAAGGCCUCUUCUUAGAUUCCCAAACCAGAUUUGAGACCAAAGACACAUGCAGACCAAGUCCCCAGGCCCCACCUGGAAGGAAGGUCAGCCACUGCCCAAGCCCAUCCCUCACCCGCCUCCCGAGGCUCCUGCCUCUGAUCCCAACCCCCCAGCUCUGAAUCUGCAGAGCUCGCCUCUGUGAGUACAAUGUGUCAUGAUGCUCAGCUUUGUUGUGUCUCCAGAUAAACGAAACUUUUCAUCAGAGCUUGUGACUCUGGUCCACACAUCUCUAGAGCGUGGGCAGAGCCCUCUGCCCCCUCUCUGCUUGGGAUGGGGUAGAAAUCCUGAUGCCCACACACAGCCCAGGCAGGCAGAUCUGGGAAGGAAGCAAGGGGGCAUUUAAAGCAGUUUUUAAAGAUGAAGAAAUGAGUGAGGGCCCCAAGGAUAAAUCCCCCCACUGAGAUGAGGCACUGAGGUGGGUCAGGUGGGUCACCACAGGGGAGAGUCCCCAGCAGCCAGCAGGGAAAAGGCCUCCAGGGCCCCUAACCCAACAUGUUUGUUGUAAAUGGGGAAACUGAGGCCUGGUGAGACAUUGUAAGCUGGAAUGGAACCAGACGUUCCUGAGUCAGUCCCAGCUGUGGGUUCUCUGGGACAUAUGCAGGGCGUGGCACAUAUGUGGUCAGUGCCAAGUGCAAGGAGAGAAAUCCUCAGGAUCUUCUGGACAGCCAAAGAUAAGCCUUUCUGGGGAAAGAGACGCCCUGCAUAGUGUUCAGGGAGGAGGGAAGCAGCACCCCAGCCCCACCCUCUGACCAUCCUCACAGGACAACUGGACCCCAGCUAUGGCAUAGCAAGCUGGGUGGCUCUGGUCACAGACAAAGGAGGCUAGCACCUGUUCACCCAGCUGCCCUCCGUGGGCUAGAGAUUGAGGUCUGCAUUUGCAGGAGAGGAAGCUGAGGCUAGCAGAAGCCAGUGGUAUGCCACAGCCUUAGGCACGAUUUAAAUGAAGGCCCUCUGGGCUCCAAACUUAGCCCAAGGCUGUGUGGGGAACUCCCAGCAGCAGGAAGUAGCCUUGGAUGUCCCCUGACAGCCCUUGGAAGAUGUGCAGCUCCCUAGUCCUGGCCCCAGAAUACCCCCAGAGACAGUGGUGAAGCCCCAGGGAAGAGCAGGGCAUGCCCCCCACCCUUACCCCGGCCCAGCUCAGGGCAUGGCUGUAUCAUCCGGAUGCCACCACAUCCUGGCCCAGCCCCAAGCUGGUCUGUCUGUGUGGACUCUGUAAAUACCACUAUAUGCAAAAAUCUAUCAAGUCCAAAACCACCAGACAAAACAAAAAACCCAGACAGCAAAACUCGGAGAGAAGUGGGCCACCCGGCAGCCAGAGAGCAGAAUCUCUCGAUCUCUCUCUCUCAAUUCCUGACCCCCUCACAACACACGUCGUUAUAAUAGGAAGCAGUUUUUCACUAUUCUCUUGUGGGUGUCACGACAGACAUGUUCUGACGUGUUCCCUGAGGGAUGGAUCAUCUUGUUAUAUAUUUGGCUCCAAAUUGAGAUGUUGGCUUCAUUUUUUUUUAAUUUUUUUUUUUUACCCAAUUAAUCUUCCAGUCCCUAGCAACUGCGACUCUGUAUUCAGCAUAAGAGGAAGCUGAGAAUGUGGGUCUUGCCUCCUUCCAGAAAUAUGUCAGGCUCAUCAGGACAUUUUUUUAAAACUUCAAAAUAUUUUUAACAUAUUUUAAACUUUUAUAAAAAAAAUAAAAAGAAAAACCAACCAACAAGAGACUCUUCUGAGGAGGAAUAUUUGUAUUUGAACAAGAUCCUUGGUGUGUAAUCCAGUCUUGCAGUAUACAAGCUUUUGUGUAUAAAUGUUUUAUGAUAUAAAUCCCUGUAUUUUGCAGGGUUUUUUCUUCUUUGCUUUUUAGAUAAAUAUGUAUAUCAAUAUUUUAAAUUCAUCUUUGCUUUUUUUAGAGAAGUUUGUAAUCACCUUAUAACAUGAAAAUAAACAUUUCCGUUUUUAAAAUCCAA